GUCGUCGAAUCAAUUGCUCAAUCAAGAAAGGCGGGACAGCAGGAGAAAAGAUGAGUGGGUGCAAGGGCGGCGGCAGGGAGAUGUUUGGUCGCCGGGUCAACAUGAGCGGCAGGGAUCUGUCAAACAACUCCGCCACUCAAAAUGCGUACGACAUGCCACGAUGGACAAGCCACUGCCGGGGGACGACGAAGGGGGGGCAGGGGGAGCUAGCGCUGGGUGGCAAAAGAUGGAAGCCUUCAUAAGAUCAAGAUCUCAAAGGAUCUGCUAAUCGUUCAUCGCACAUCGCGUCUACCAUGCUCGUUCUUCACCAGGUGGCGCUCACGGCCCUCUGCUUUGCUAGCGCUGUUUUUGCUGCGGGGGGAAAGCGCGGUCUGGCCUACAACAACGCGAGCCUGACGCUCCCCUUCAAGGGAUCCUCGCACAUCUCAUGGGCCUACGAUUGGUACCAAGCUUAUACCACGCCCUAUAACACCGACCUCGAGUAUGUACCCAUGCUCUGGAGCGAUGCCGCGGACCUAAGGGCGAGCUGGGCCAGCAACGUCGCCCGUAUGCAAGCCGCGGGCUCCAAACACCUCCUCGCCUUCAACGAGCCUGAUCUGUGUGCAUUUGGGGCAGGGUCGAGUUGCAUGGAAAUGAACGCCUCUGUCGCUGCGUAUCAGAAGUACAUCCAGCCCUACGCGGGGAAGAUGCUGCUGGGCUCGCCCGCCGUGACCAACGCUGGAGCACCAGGAGGCUUGACUUGGCUGAGCCAAUUCAUGGGCAACUGUACAGGCUGUCAGAUCGAUUUCCUUUCACUCCACUGGUAUUCCAACAAGUACGCAGGUCUCAACUACCUCAAAUCCCACAUAAACGAAGCCCGCAAGGUCGCAAACGGCCGGCCCAUCUGGCUGACCGAGUUUGGGCUCACAGACGACUACACGACGGAGGAGCUCAAGAGCUUCCUAUCGAGCGCCAUGACUUGGAUGGAUUCGCAGCCUGACAUCGAGGGGUAUUCGUACUUCUUUGACGCUGUGGGUACAAACUGGCUCAUCGGACCUGACUAUCAGCUCAAUGACAUCGGGAAGCUUUACGCUGGAAUGGAUGGAGCGUCGGCAGCAACGUCGAGCUCCACGUCGAUGACGAGCUCGACAGCUGCUUCGACGACGACGAAGGCUACGUCUACGUCGUCUCCUGCAUCGGCGAAGACGACCGCUAGCACUUCAUCCUCGGUGCCUGCUUCCUCAAAGACCAGCACGAGCUCCUCUGCCGUGGCUUCCAGCAAGACUUCCACGGCGUCUACUGCCAAGACUACCACCAGCGUCGUGGCAUCUUCACCCACAACCACCAGCAGGGCAUCUUCUGCGGUGCCGACCACCUCUAACAAGGCAUCUACACUCACGACCUCUCGCGCUUCAACGACGACGUCUCAGGCGAACGUAGUCGUAAGCAUGUCUUCAUCGUCAUCCGCCUCCGCAAUCCCGACUGGUCUGCCGGUCAACAUCCUCUCGGCCGUCUACGUAACUCAGUCCGUCACCGCCAAAUCGAAAUCCCUCUGGCAGCACGGCAGCACCAUCUUGUUCCAAUCAGGCGGCAACCUGUGGAAGAAGCUGGGUCUCUCCUCCAAUCCUUGGCCUGAUCACACCAAUACGCUCAACGUCUACUACUCGCGAGGCAACAAGCAGCGCGUGGCCACCUACAAGGACUCGUCACCGGACUGCAACCUGAGUACCGAUACUUGCGGGAGUACCAUCGUGACGGCGCCAGUCACCAAGCCGGCCAAGUCGCCUAUUACGCUCGUUGCCGUCGUCUGGGGUGACCGAGUACUCACCACGGCCACGCUCUGGUCGAGGCUGUACAAAGCUGCACAGAGUGGCUCUUCCUUCCAGGCCACUAAUUCCUUCUUUGGCGCGACUCCCAUGCCUGGCCAAGGCAAGACUGCCGUGAUUUGGUAUCGCAACUCGCGCAACGACCUCAAAGUCUUGACAGCCAAGCAGAAUGCGACUGUGCGCUUCUCGUAAUGGCGACUUGUCGUCGCCGAUCUCCUGUACAUUCGCAUCUCUAUCUUCUGAUACCUCUUGAAUACCAUCGUGUCUGUCACCGAU